AUGUAUGUGAAAUGGUUUGAUACAGGAAUGUUUUACUAUGUGAUUUUAGUGUAUUUAGUGAAUGUCACUUUUUGUCAUUUUCAAAUUUCCCGCCAUUCCAUCCCCGUAUGUCCCGACGCUCGCAGGGGAAGGAACCCAGAUGACAGAUGCCGGCAUCGGCCGGAGGACAUUACCGGGGACACUGCAGGAGGGACAUCGCGGGAGCGCAACACAAGUUAAGUGAUCGAGGGAUCCCGGAGCAGUGCCGCAUGGUAUUCCCGAGUGUAGCUCGGGGUUACCGCUUGUGCUACACUCGGGAAUACUGCCAGGGAGGUU